CUAAUUUGGUAGGAAGCUUUCUCAGACAAAAAAAAAAAAAAAAACUAGGCCAGGCCAACUUUUUUCAUAAGCCUCAAUCUCUUCUCUUCUUCAUUCUGCCAUGGAUGUUUGUGAGUUUUGAAAUCCCCUUUAUUGUUUCUUUUCCUUUUUCCUUUUACUUUAUGUCUCCAAUUCCUCGUUCAACUUUCAUUUCGAAACCUAAAAGCAAUGGGGGUUGGAGGUAAAUUCUGGGACUUGCUUAAACCUUAUGUCCGAAACGAAGACUUCGACUUUUUGAGGAACAAGCGGGUCGCCGUUGACCUCUCCUUCUGGAUCGUCCAGCACGAGACCGCAAUCAAGGCCGGUGCUCGAAACCCACACCUCAGGCUCACUUUCUUCCGUACUAUCAACCUCUUCUCUAAGUUUGGAGCAUUCCCGGUCUUUGUAAUUGAUGGAACUCCAUCGCCAUUGAAAUCGAAAACUAGAAUUGCAAGGUUCUAUCGUUCUUCUGGCAUUGAGUUGUCGAGCCUGCCUGUGGCUGAAGAUGGUGUUUCAGUUGAGAGGAAUCGGGCAUUUUCGAAGUGCAUUCAAGAAUGUGUGGAACUACUUGAGCUCUUGGGGAUGCCUGUUCUGAAAGCAAAUGGAGAGGCUGAAGCACUGUGUGCCCAGUUAGAUGCUGAAGGACAUGUUGAUGCUUGCAUCACGUCUGAUAGUGAUUCGUUUCUCUUUGGGGCUAAGUGUGUUAUAAAAUGCAUUAAACCAAACUCAAAAGAACCAUUUGAAUGUUACUAUGUGUCGGAUAUCGAAGCUGGUCUUGGUUUAAAGAGGAACCAGUUGAUAGCAAUCUCUCUAUUAGUUGGGAACGACCAUGAUAUAAAUGGGGUGCAAGGCAUUGGGCUUGAGACGGCUCUUCGUUUUGUCCGAAAUUUUAGUGAAGAUGAUGAUAUAUUGAAAAGAUUACAUGAAAUUGGCAACAAGGUUAGUUCUCCAUUUCAGUGCAAUAUUGAAUCUUUCAAUGAUUUUACAUCCAAUUCGGAAGCGAGCUCACCAAAGACAAAGUCUACUCAUUGUUCUUUCUGUGGGCAUCCGGGUAGCAAAAGUUCUCAUGUCAAGAAAUCUUGUGAAUAUUGCUCUGCUACUGAUGGGGGUUGCAAGAAAAAACCUGAGGGGUUUAAAUGUGAUUGUCUUUCAUGUGGUGAGGGUCGGGAGGAAAAGGAGCGGAAGAAGCAAGAAUAUUGGUUAACAAAAGUUUGCUCCAAGAUUGCUAUGGAACCAAACUUCCCUAAUGAUGAGAUCAUUCGUAUUUAUUUGUGUGACAACCAUGGUUCUUUCACAGGAAAGAAUGGACAAUGUAUAUCAUGGGAAAGUCCAAAAACUGAACUGCUGGUUGAUUUCUUAGCAUUUCAUCAGCACUGGGUUCCAUCUUAUAUUCGUCAAAUGUUAUUUCCCAUGCUGUCCACCAUAUUCUUGAGAGAAACAGCCAAGCAUUCAGUCAAAAGUUUAUUAUAUGGGCAGUUUGACUUUGACUCUGUGGAUCGUGUGAAGGUAAGACAAGGGCAUAAAUUUUAUGUAGUCAAGUGGAAAAAAGCCGUAACUCCCAUGUGUAGUGCUACACCCAGUUCCGAAGAAUCUAAUAUGCACCAAGAUAUUAUGGAUAUUGAUGAAUCUGUUAAUUUACUAGACGAGUUAGAUGCACCUAUGAUUCAUAAUGAUGAAGGGUGUCAGUUUUUGUUGACGGAUGAAAAUAUGGAGCUUGUUCAUGCUGCUUUCCCGGAGGAAGUAAACAGAUUUUUGAGAGAAAAGGAAUUGAAAGAAUCAAAAAGAAAGAAGAGUGAGGGAGCUGAUAAAUUGUUGUUGGAAACACCAAAGCAGAGGGAUGUCCAGCUAAAUAUUACCGAGUUUUACCGUUCAACCAAAGUCCAAUUCCAAGCAGGGGAUGAAGAAGGUUCAGCUAAGGAUUAUGACAGUCAGAGUGACAGUAAUUCCAAAGGAAAGAGGAGAAUGCGAAAUCCGAAUCUGUCAAAGUCUGUAAGACGACGACUUUUGUUUGACUAAGGCUACUUUUUUGUCAUUUUGGUUGCAUAUUAUUUACUCUCGUCGGUGUUGAAGUUGUAAAUGACUCUCUUGGAAUAAUCCUAUGAUGGGGGAGUUGUAUGCUGGCUGGUGUAUAUUUUGGUAAACGUUAGGGGGAGUUGUAUGCUGGCUGGUGAAUAUUUUGGUAAAAUUUAGAUGUUAGGCAAUAGGCGUAUAAACUUAGGAUUCAGUUUAGUGCAUUACAAGCUUUUAGGCUAUGCUCUGCUUUUUCCUUGUAUGUUAGUUUCAGUUAGGAGGUUAUGUUCUCUGUGUAUGUGUGUAUAUAUAAUUGAAAUGGAAUGCUUUACCUAUGAUAGCAGCAGCAUGUGCUAAAUCAAUUCUUUGUA